CAUGACCUUCCCUAAGCAUACAAACAAACUAGCUAAACGCAACACUAAAAUACACUUUUUCCCAUCUUUAAUUUGUUGCUUCUAUAAGGUGAAGUUGAUCAACCAAUAGUGUAGCUAAUUAAGAAGGCCGGGAAAGGAGUAGCCCCUCGAUUUUAAAGAUGCCCAUUCAACGGAUAGCGAUUGGAAACCCGGGUGAGGCGAGCCACCCGGAUGCGCUCAAGGCCGCCUUUGCCGAGUUCAUUUCCAUGCUCAUUUUUGUUUUUGCCGGUCAAGGCUCGGGCAUGGCUUUCAGCAAAUUGACAGACGGUGCAGGAGCAACUCCUUCGGGGUUAAUCGCAGCAGCAUUAGCCCACGCAUUGGCACUUUUCGUGGCAGUUUCAAUUAGCGCCAAUAUCUCCGGUGGCCACGUCAACCCCGCUGUCACAUUUGGAGCCUUUCUUGGUGGCAAUAUCACUCUUCUCAGGAGCAUCGUUUAUUGGAUAGCUCAAUUGCUUGGAUCUAUUGUCGCUUGUGUCCUCCUCAAAUUUGCCACUGGUGGAAUAGAAACGUCUGCAUUCGCUUUGUCAACUGGGGUGUCAGUGUGGAAUGCGAUUGUGUUCGAGAUGGUGAUGACCUUCGGGCUGGUGUACACUGUGUACGCAACUGCGGUGGAUCCAAAGAAGGGCGAUUUGGGCACUAUUGCGCCCAUUGCUAUCGGUUUCAUUGUUGGGGCUAAUAUCUUGGUUGGUGGGGCGUUUGAUGGGGCAUCCAUGAACCCAGCUGUAUGUUUCGGUCCCGCAUUUGUGAGCUGGACAUGGACCCACCACUGGGUUUACUGGUUCGGUCCGUUUGGUGGUGCAGCCAUUGCAGCUCUCGUCUAUGACAACAUCUUCAUUGGCAAUCAUCAUCAUCAUGAGCAGCUUCCUGUUGCUAACUAUUAGAAGCCACACAUGGUUCCUUUAUUCUUUUUUGUUAUAGUUCUCCAUCCUUUUUCUCUUUUUUACAUAGGGAUUUGCAUUUUUUGUGUUUGGUGGUGAAUAAAAUGGGUGAUAAAGAAUAUCCAAGAUAUGAUACAUUCAGGGGCGUAGCCAGGACACUGAGCUAGACUGGGCCGGGACAAAGAAUAUUAUUGGGAAAAAAUUUACACGAAAUUUUUUACACUAAAAAUAUUGACAUUUUUCAAAUUUGGGGUGGGCCAGGGCCUAGCCUGGGCACCCCCUAGCUCCGCCCCUGGAUACAUUGAUACUGCAUGCUAACUCAUAUGAAACAUGCAAAGGAUGCAUGAGCCAGGAGGCCUAGGGAUCGUUUGGCUGAAACCGUUGAUAUUGUUGAAUUUUCUAGAAAAGAAAAGCAUUUAGUAAAUUACAUUUCAGCCAAUAAGUAGGCCAAAUGCUACUUAUUCUACAACCUUCACAACAGUACAUCUUUUAAGAAUUUGUAAGGUACAAUUAUUCAAUUCAAAGUAUAUUUAUUUUUCUAAUCUUUUUUAUCCUUAUAGCUC